AUGCCUCGGCUCCUCCACAUCAAAAAGAUUGACGGCAAGCCCGGCGAGGUGUACUACCCGCUGCAGCUCAAGGACGUCCCCAAGCCGCAGCCCGGCCCCGGCGAGGUCCUCGUCCGCCUCACCGCCGCCGCCCUCAACCACCGCGACCUCUUCAUCCGGCACCACCAGUACCCGGCCAUCUCCUUCACGGCCGCCAUGCUCGCCGACGGGUGCGGCGUCGUCGAGCAGCUCGGCCCCGGCGUCGUCGACAGCGGCCCCGCUUCACUCCUCAACAAGCCCGUCGUCCUCACGCCCAUGCGCGGCUGGGCCGCCGACCCCGCCGGCCCCGAGCCCGGCUCCGUCUUCAGCGUCACCGGCAGCAGCCGCCUCACCGACGUCGGCACCGCGCAGGACUACAUCGUCGUCCCCGCCGCCGAGGUCGAGCCCGCGCCCCCGCACCUCUCCCCCGCCGAGGCCGCCGCCCUGCCGCUCGUUGGCCUGACGGGCUGGCGCGCCCUCGUCACCAAGGCAGGUUGCGCGCCGGGCGACCCCGCCACGCGCGGCAAGAACAUCCUCGUCACGGGCAUCGGCGGCGGCGUCGCGCUGCAGGUUCUCCAGUUUGGCGUCGCGCUCGGCUGCAACGUCUACGUCACGUCUGGCGACCGCGCCAAGAUCGACCGCGCGAAGGCGCUGGGCGCGCGUGGCGGUGUUAUCUACAAGGACGAGAACUGGGAGAAGGAGCUCGCGGGAUUGCUGCCCCAGGAUAGGCCGUAUCUCGAUGCCGUCAUCGACGGCGCCGGCGGCAAGGUCGUCGCCAAGACGGUCCGGCUGCUCCGCCAGGGCGGCAUCAUCUCGCAGUACGGCAUGACGGUGGCGCCCAAGAUGGACUGGUCGAUGCAGGCCGUGCUGGCCAACGUGGAGCUCAAGGGCAGCACCAUGGGCUCGAGGAAGGAGUUUGGCGAGAUGGUCAAGUUUGUGACGGAAAAGAAGAUCACGCCUGUCAUCAGCAGGACAGUCAAGGGGCUGGACAACCUGGACGGUAUCGACAGCCUGUUUGCAGACAUGGAGGCCGGGCGGCAGUUUGGCAAGCUCGUGAUUGAGAUUGACACUGGGGAUGUGUCUUCAUCAAAGCUGUAG